UAACCUUCUCCUCUCUUCUCUCAGUCUCGCCUCUCUCUCUCUCUCUCCUGUCUCGCCUCUCGCCCUUUCUCUCGUCUCUCUUCCUCUCUCUCGUCCGACUCUUCUCUCAUCUGCGCCGCCGCUCAACCUCCGCCGAUCCAGGACCUGAUGUCAACAUGACUCGUAAAAGAAGACGACAGGCAAAGACGACAAUUGCAAGGAUGAAGACAUUUCCACGAACGAGUUACCCUCAAAGGACUUCUUAUGGACAAGCUAUCGAUGAACAAAGAUUCUCUUCUGUUCCAUCAAUUCCAACAGCAAGCUACCAAACAACAAAAGGAGACUCGGUGAUGGUAGAUAUAGAGGAGGAUCCAGAGCCAAGCCCAAGUGAGCAUCGUGCAAAUGAAACUCAAACAGAUGAGAGUGUUUUUAAGGAUAUGAUUGCAACCAAUUGUGACAAAGAUGGGAACAACAUGCUACACUUAGCUGGAGAAUUUUCUCAACUAAAUAUCGUAGUAGGUGCAGCCCUUCAUAUGCAACAUGAGUUAUUGUGGUUUGAGAAGAUUAAAAAGAUUGUGCCCCUUACAUUCUUGAAGGCAAAGAAUUCAGAAGGAAAAACACCCAAGGACUUAUUUACACAAACACAUCAAAGAUUACAUAAAGAUGGUGAAAAGUGGAUGAGGGACACGGCCAAUCAUUGCAUGGUUGUGGCAACACUAAUUGCCACGGUGGUUUUCGCUGAAGCCUUUACUAUACCAGGUGGCAAUAAUCAAGGAAAUUGAACUCCUAUCUUUUUGGACCAUACUUGGUUUAUUGUAUUCUUCCUAUCAGAUGCAAUAGCAAUGUUAUCCGCUUCAACUUCAAUAUUAA